UUCCAGGAUGGUGAUCCGUGUAUAUAUUGCAUCUUCUUCUGGCUCUACGGCGAUUAAGAAGAAACAGCAAGAUGUGCUUGGUUUCUUAGAAGCCAACAAAAUAGGAUUUGAAGAAAAAGAUAUUGCAGCUAAUGAAGAGAAUCGGAAGUGGAUGAGAGAAAACGUGCCUGAGAACAGUAGACCAGCCACAGGGUACCCCCUGCCACCUCAGAUUUUCAAUGAAAGCCAGUACCGUGGGGACUAUGAUGCCUUCUUUGAAGCCCGAGAAAAUAAUGCAGUGUAUGCCUUUUUAGGCUUGACAGCACCACCUGGUUCAAAGGAAGCAGAAGCCCAGGCAAAGCAGCAAGCUUGAAUAUUACGCGUUCUUCCUUCAACAUCUUGGAAAAUAAUGAAUCUCCAUUGCUUUUAUAAAAAUCUUCGCUUCAAAGAAAUAGGCUUAAAUGUUGCAAUAAUAGAUUAGUUGAUGUUCUCGCAUGCAAACAAGCAUAAUUAAAAUGUGAACAUGAUGGUGAGAAAAAUGAGAGACGAAGUUAAAACUUUAAGUAGAUAUCAUAGAAUAGUAUUCUUAUCUGCCAAGAUACUUUAUGUUCUGUAAGGAUUUUACAAAAA